AUGGGGGACUUCCAAGCAUCACAGGCUACUCCCCCGCGCGACGAUGAAAUAGCCCUAAUAAUUCACCACCGUGGGGAAGACCAUACCUUCUCUUUGUCUCCGACUUCUACCCUCCAAGACCUUUCCGCCUCCAUAUCCGAUCGCCUGUCCGUCCCGCCCCAGAACCAAAAGCUCCUCAUAUCCCCCAAACCUGGCAUGCAAAGGCACCCUUUCCAACCCACUCCCCUAGCCACUCUCCCCUAUUCCCUCCCACGCUUCAAAAUCACCCUCUUUGGCAGCACUGCUGCAGAAGUAGCUUCAAUCAACGACGCCGCUCCCCCUCAACGGCCCUCCCCGCGCUCCCUCCCCGCCUCCCAUUUAAGGCCCGCAAGGCCCACUCCACGCGGCUCCCCCACCCCUCUCUCUCAAUACACAUUCCACACCCUCCUCCCACUGGCACACCUCCCCAACCCCUCUCGCUCCCUAGCCUACCUAACACGCCUCCGCGAUGACCCAGGGAUACGCGUUGCCAUGAAAGCGCAUAAAUUCUCCGUCCCACUGCUGACUGAGAUGGAUCCCGCCGAACACACCACCGUCUCCUCCCGCACCCUCGGUCUAAACCGCAACAAGGGGGAGGUCAUAGAGCUGCGCCUGCGCACGGACGCCUACGAUGGCUACCGCGACUAUCGCACCAUCCGCAAGACGCUCUGCCAUGAGCUUGCGCAUUGUGUGUUCGGCGACCACGAUCGGGACUUCUGGGAUUUGACGGCCCAGAUUGAAAGGGAGGUGGAGAGGGCAGAUUACUGGGGCGCAGGGAGGAAGUUGACGGAUGAGGAGUUUUAUAAUCCGGCGGAUUGGGAGGAGAUGCGGAGUGGGGCCUUGGAGGUGGUGGAUCAUGGGGGUUGGACUGGGGGCGAGUUUUUGUUGGGUGGGGACGGUGGGAUGGAAUAUGCGGGCCUGAGUCGGAGGGAGAUUUUGGCGGAGGCGGCGGAAAGGAGGGCUGCGAUGGCGAGGAGGGAAAGGGAGGAGAAAGGAAAUGGAGGGGAACAGGGGUGA